GACAUUACAGAUUUUUCUGGUGUCGCUUGUACAUCGCGGUUUCUCACAGCGUCAAGAGAAGAUGGCGAGAUAUCUUUGUAUCCUAGUCUUUCUUUUGGGAUGCGUAACAGCGUCUGUUUAUUGUUUGAAUUGCAAUCAGUGUGUUGCGCCCAUACCCGACAGCCUAUCAGAAUGCCAGGCCAUGAACACGUCAUCAACCGCCACCAACUGUUCCGCCAAUCUGAACAACUUCUGCUUCACCGCCCGAGUGGAAACUGCGGGGAUACUAACCGGGUUCUCCCGGGGUUGCAUGGCGGUCAGCGCGGGAAAUGGUUGCGUCAGCCUGGCGGGGGUAACGACCUGUCGGACGUUCUGCGCCACGGACGGCUGUAACACCGACAACGCCGGGCACAACAUCCAAGCAAGCGCCACACUUCUGCUUGCGACUGUAGCGCUGGCGGUGUUAGCUGCAGUACGUUCCUGAAUCGCCAGACGACAAUAGCUGCAGUACAUUUCAAAAUCACUAGAUGUCGCUACCAUGACGUUGCUUGAUACCACCAAGUAGUAGAGCGUUACCGACUAUUAAAUGUGUUUAGCGUAGAUAACAAUGACUUGAUUCUCCGUUUAAAAUUAUAUGUUUUAACCUCAGUAUGAAACAGGUUGUUUUAUUUGAUCUAAGAAAUUUCAGGGUAGACGUUCAGCGUAAAAGAAAAUUUGAAUUGAAUUUCAUUGUAACGAUAGUCAAACUUGACAUGAAAUUGCUUUAUCGACAAGUUACUUUUACGUUGUGUAUUCACUGACUAUACACCUGCAACACGUGAUACGUAUUUCACAUGUUCAACUCGAUCCUAAUCUUAAAGUAGCUACCUAUACAGAGACAAAUUUGUUGUACACUUUCGUGGGUAUUUUUUUGGCGACGCCUCAUGGGCGAGCCUCACAGUAUAGUAUGUGUCCGAUUGGCUAGAAUUCCCAGAAUUGUACAUGCAGGAAUUUUCCGGAAUUUUUUUCCACUAGUGCGUAGUUGCGGGACUGAACCAUUACCUUCAUGGGUAAACUUUCCAGUCGUAGGACACGUACCGUUAUACGUUGCCCCUUGUGGGUUUAUUUGGGAGUAAAAAAAGACUAGACGUGA